AUGGUCAUAAUCCUCUUUGAAAUUGUAGAUCUUUUACAGGUUCGACGCAGUCUAGCACAACUUUGUGAUGGUCCUAUCCUAAAUGGGAUUUCAAAUUUUUGUACUAUGUCCUUAAAAUGUAAAAGUGAACAUUGUGUGAGUGGACAUACUUUGGAUCAUACACUAGUAUGCCUAAUUCAAUUGUACAAAAAAAUAGAAAUAUUGCUACUUCGUUUGAAUUCCUGCUGGAGGUCGUGUGAAGCACAGUUUACUACCGGACACUUUACCAAAGUCCUCUUAUUAAUAAUGACAGUACUUUCAGGUUUAAGAGUUCAAUCUCUUAAUUCUCUAGAUGAAGUUAACUGUUGUUAUGGUAACCUCUUUGCAGUUCGAAGAUCUUUAACAGAUACAAAGACUUGGUUACCAUCUGAUGUUACACUACCGUCUUCAUUAAAUCAUCAAGCAAAACCACCAGCAACAGACGUAAACAAUCGCGAAGUUUUAGAUUUUGGUGAAAUUCGAACUAAAGAUAUCCCAAAGUUUUUGACCGCAAAAGGAACUCCUGAUAAUUUCGAUUCUCAUGAAGCCAUAACUUCUAACAAACCUCUCGCUAACAAUAACAAAAAAGUUAAAAGACUUAGUGCGGAUACUCAGCGUUCACUAACUGCAAUACUUCCACGCGCCACUCAAAAGAAACAAGAAGAUCUUCUUUCUGUACUUCUUAACCACAGAUAG